UGCAGACAACAUAACAACGAACUCGCGGAAAUCUGAGACGAAUAUUUGCUGGUAAAUGGUUGUUCUUACCCGACCCAAAAAGUAAGAGUUAAACAUUCCUAUGAUAUAAGUUUGCUUCUAUCGCCAGUUUUCUGGUGAAUAUUGGAGUCUAAUGGUCACAGAGGCGACAUUUUGACUGGAAAUUCUUCGCCGGAAAUUCUGAAAUUUUUGACCGUACGUUCUCGUCUGCUCAGCUUGGCUUGGCGUUCGUCCGUUCAUCCACGUUGUUUGUUGUGCUGCAUGACUGAAUGAACAACAAAGUCUUCGGUGCAAACUUCACAAGGUUGUGACCCUGAAGAUGGCUGACGUAGAUCCAGAGACGCUAUUGGAAUGGCUCCAGAUGGGCCAGGGGGAGGAACGAGACAUGCAGCUAAUUGCUCUAGAACAACUCUGCAUGCUGCUUCUCAUGUCAGACAAUGUAGACCGCUGUUUUGAAAGUUGCCCGCCAAGAACCUUCUUGCCUGCCCUCUGUCGUAUCUUCCUUGAUGAGCAUGCCCCUGAUAAUGUCUUAGAAGUGACUGCCAGGGCCAUCACCUACUACCUGGAUGUAUCGGCAGAGUGCACGAGACGCAUCGUCGCAGUCGAUGGCGCUAUUAAGGCUCUAUGCAACCGCCUGGUUGUGGUGGAGCUGUCGUCUAGAACCAGUAAAGACCUAGCAGAACAGUGUAUUAAGGUCCUUGAGUUGAUGUGUACUCGUGAAUCAGGCUCAAUCUUUGAGGCAGGUGGACUCCACUGUGUGUUGUCGUUCAUACGUGAUAAUGGCAGUCAGGUACAUAAGGAUACUCUUCACUCCGCCAUGGCCGUGGUGUCCAGGCUGUGUGGCAAGAUGGAACCCAGUGACCUGUCUCUAGAGACCUGCGUGGAGUCCUUAUCUACACUGCUCAAGCAUGAAGAUUCACAUGUUGCCGACGGCUCACUACGCUGUUUUGCCUCAUUAGCCGAUCGCUUCACCCGCCGUGGAGUGGACCCCCUUCCAUUAGCCAAGCACGGCCUGCCCGAGGAGCUCUUAGAACGAUUGGCCAAUUGUGGCAUGACUGCCGCCAUGGCAACGGGAACAAAGACAGCCGGGGCGGCAGGGACCACCCCGGAUGCAAAGGGUAACCCUAACAUCUCCACCGUCAUCAGUCUCUUGUCGACCUUGUGCAGAGGAUCCCCGAGCGUCACGCAUGACUUACUCAGAUCUGAGCUUCCAGAUGCAAUUGAGAAAGCUUUGCAGGGAGAUGAGAGGUGUGUUUUAGACACCAUGCGAUUGGUAGACCUUCUUCUUGUAUUACUGUUUGAGGGUCGGACAGCCUUACCCAAGUCCAACAUCGGCACCACGACGCGCACCAUGAGUGGCAUACGACGUCUUGAUAGUGCUGGAGAACGCUCACAUCGUCAUCUCAUUGAUUGUAUACGAAGCAAGGAUACCGACGCUCUCAUAGAUGCUAUAGAUACUGGCGUGGAAGUUAACUACAUGGAUGACGUUGGCCAGACGCUUCUAAACUGGGCGUCUGCUUUUGGAACUCAGGAAAUGGUUGAGUUUUUAUGUGAACGAGGAGCUGAUGUCAAUCGAGGUCAGAGGUCAUCUUCACUGCACUAUGCAGCCUGCUUUGGGCGACCCCAAGUAGCUAAGACUCUUCUACGACACGGUGCCAACCCAGAUCUGCGAGAUGAGGACGGUAAAACUCCACUAGACAAAGCUAGAGAGAGGAACGAUGAAGGUCACCGAGAGGUCAUGCAGAUACUUCAAUCACCCGGUGAAUGGAUGGUCCCGGUAACACCCACAUCUGAUGCAGCAGUCUCAAGCCCGGAAGAAGCCACUAAGCCAGAGGGGGAGUCUGACUUUGCCGAACCAAAGGGUGACCCAGAAAUGGCCCCCGUCUACCUCCGCAAACUUCUGCCAAUCUUCGCUCAGGUCUACAACAACACCAUGAUGCCUUCUAUAAGGAAAGCUAGCCUUGCUUUGAUACGUAAGAUGCUUCACUAUACACCGUGCCCGCUACUGAGCGAGGUGUGUGUUGGGGAGUUAGGCUGCUUCACUCAGGUACUAGUUGAAGUCUUGGCUGCUGUGCUGGACCAUGAGGAUGAUGACGAUGGUCACCUGACAGCUCUACAGAUCAUCCAAGACAUCAUGCGUAAGGGACAGGAGCUCUUCUUGGAUCACUUUGCACGGCUGGGCAUCUUCAGUAAAGUCUCCUCACUAGCUGGUCCUCCUGAAGUCAUUGAAGAGGAAGGACCGAUGGUCCACGACAAGAAACAGGAAACUGGCGAUCAGGAGAUGGAGGAUGCUAAGGAGAUAGUAGCCGGUCGUCCCUACCACUGGAAGGACUGGUGUAUGGCAAGAGGCAGAGAUUGCUUGUAUAUCUGGAGUGAUGCUGCGGCAUUAGAGCUAUCAAAUGGCAGUAAUGGAUGGUUUAGAUUCAUACUGGAUGGUAAACUGGCUACCAUGUACUCUAGUGGGAGCCCGGAGGGUGGAUGUGACAGCUCAGAGAGCCGUGGAGAGUUCCUUGAGAAGCUCCAGCGUGCUAGAAGCCAAGUGCAAGCAGGAUCAUGCAGCCAUCCCAUCCUAAGCUGUGUUGGACCCACUAAGCUGGUAGUCGGUAACUGGUCCCUUCAGAGCAAGAAGGAUGGGGAGGUCAUUGUCAAUAACUCUGAUGGGCAACAGGCAACUAUCCUACGUGAGGAUCUGGCUGGGUUUGUGUUCGAAUCCAACCGCGGCACCAAGCACACCUUCACAGCGGAGACGUCCCUAGGCCCUGAAUUCUCCACCAGCUGGACAGGGAAGAGAGGCAAGAGGCUACGCUCCAAAGUGGAGCAAGUCAAACAGAAGGUGAAGAAUCUUGCGCGUGAGUUGUACGACUGCCACUUUAAAGCGGCGGAGUCACACCCUCGGGAUAUUGUGGCUAAGCUCCAUAGCAUCGUACAGCACAUUGAACAGGCAUGUGAGAUGCACAGUGAGCUCUCCAAGCCUUCAGAAGGAGAGCAGAGUUGGUCUGAGUUACUAAAGACUGCUCUAGAGUCCCUGACACUCCUACUCAAAGAUGAGAAUAACAUCUCAGCAUAUGAGCUUCAUAGCAGUGGUCUGGUUCAAGCUCUGCUGUACUGUCUCAACAAUGGUUUUGAUCAUGUUGCAUCUCAUGACAGACAUCUUAGAGAGAGGAUCAGCCUGUUCAAGGCGGCAUUCAGAGACACCAUGGAUGAGCAAGGUGCGGUGACUCCAGCAGUAAUGCUCAUCAGGAAGCUUGUUGCAGUCUUGGAGUCAAUAGAGAGAUUACCGAUGUUCUUGUAUGAUACACCAGGAUCAAGCUAUGGGCUACAGGUCUUGACGAGGCGGUUGAGGUUUCGUCUAGAGAGGGCAUCUGGAGAAGCGUCUCUGAUUGACCGCACCGGGCGGACACUCAAGAUGGAGCCACUGACCACCGUAGCUAGCCUGGAAAGAUACCUGCUGAAAAUGGUUGCCAAGCAGUGGUACGACUACGAACGUUCUAGCUUUGCCUUCAUCAAGAGAAUGAAGGAAGGUUCUGCAACCACCUUCAGACAUACUCACGACUUUGAUGAGAAUGGAAUUAUCUACUGGAUCGGAACUAAUGCAAAGACUGGAUAUGAGUGGGUGAAUCCAGCCCAGUAUGGCCUGGUAGUGGUCAAUUGCUCAGAGGGACGCACCCUUCCUUACGGCCGACUGGAAGACAUCCUAAGCAGAGACACAUCAGCUUUGAACUGCCACACCAAUGAUGACAAGAAAGCAUGGUUCUCCAUUGAUCUUGGCCUUUGGUUUGUCCCGUCCGCCUACACUUUGCGUCACGCCAGAGGCUACGGGCGAUCAGCCUUGAGGAAUUGGUUAUUCCAAGUAUCCAAGGACGGCCAGAACUGGCUGACGUUGAUUACUCACUCUGAUGAUAGCUCACUCAAUGAACCGGGUUCAACAGCCACCUGGCCCCUGGAGCCUUCUAAGGAUGAGAAGCAAGGAUGGCGCUACAUCCGACUGCAACAGACCGGCAAGAAUGCUAGCGGACAGACACACUACCUGUCACUCUCUGGUUUUGAACUAUAUGGAACUGUCACUGGCGCUAUAGAGGAAUCACUCGGCACUAGCAAGGCAGCUAAAGACACCGAGGCGAGUGCACGUAAGCAACGCCGCUUGAUCAGGUCACAGGUAUUGAGACAGAUGGUAACAGGCAUCGGCCGUGGACGAGGAAUGGACUGGAAAUGGCGCGAGCAAGAAACGCAACUACUGGAGGGUGUAGUUUUAGCUGAACACAGAGAGGCUGUGGUAGCAUCUAGCAGUAAACACACAACGUCAAGCAGUGACCAGACCUCUGGAGAUAAAACCCCAACAGAUAAAGGCCCGGCAGUAGGCGCUACAGGAGGAUCAGGGACAUGCCUAGUAAACAGGAAGAGCAGCUCUACCCCAAGCUUAAAUGAGUCCGCUGUAGGGUCACACAGACCGGCACCUAAAGAUCGUGAUCAUGCCUCGACCUCUGACCUGACUGCGAGCAUCAACAUGGCAACCUCAAUGGUUGAGACUGCCCUUAUGUCGGCCAGCCGAGGGGGUUUGCUCAGUGGAUCGGAGGACAUCGCUGAGAGUCCAGAGCUAGCAGCUGAGAUGGAGCAAGCCGCGACCGCCAUGAAUGAGUGCAACGCAGCCAAUAAACAGCCUCCACCUAUUACUGGUGUCCCAGCCUCCACAACACCCACCACAACCACCACCAGUACCACAAGCAGUAUGAGCGUGAGCGUGCCCAAUCUAUCCAGCACCCGGGACGUCGUGGCGGGCCUGAUGGAAUCGUUCCCGGCCCUCAUGCGCCGCAGCGGCAGCGGGGGCAGCGGGAACACCGUGCUCUCCGGCCGCGGGACCAACUUCGCCUCCAGCUUUGUCAGGUUCCCGCUGUCGUCUGGACUAUCUAGCAGUAACUUCCUCAGCAGUGCGCAAAGCGCCCCCAACCUACCAGCGGCCACCACAUCCUUAGCCAACACCACCAGCGCCACAGCGACCGUCGCGUCUACCCUCAGCUCUGUCCUGGCCACCAGCAUGACGUCCAACUCCAGUGAGAGCGACAACGAGUUCCUUGAGAAUUGCCGCGCCAGCUCGCUCCUCGCCGAGUUGGAGGACGAUGAGUUCUGUCCGGAGCCUGAAGAGCUGGACGAUGAGAAUGAAGACGACAGCGAAGGAGACGAUUAUGAAGACUGUACGGAGGAAGAGGAUUACGAUCCGAGAGGCAGUCGAAGAAGGACCUGGGAUGAUGAGCACGUCCUGAAGAGACAAUUCUCAGCCCUCGUACCGGCCUUUGAUCCACGUCCAGGUAGAACCAAUGUACAGCAGACAACGGACCUAGAGAUCCCACCACCAGGAUCUCCAGAUACAUCCUUCAGGGAGGAUGGUGACUCCACUCCGUGCCCUCAUCUUGCUCUCUUCAUCAGAGGACCAGGAAUCCCAGGGAUUCCAGAGACGGAAGUGUUUUGUGAGGAUCCCAAUUCCACAGUGUUUAAAUACAUCCAGAUGCUGUAUCAAAACACACCAGCCGGAACUAAACAGGACAAACUACGUCGUAUAUGGGAACCUACUUACACCGUUGUGUACAGAGAGUUGAGACCUGAAGAUGGAUCCAUGUCACUCACAGAAAACACUGAGGGUCGUUGGUCAAUCCCAUUUGUGGACCGCCAUCUGGGUUCAGACACCCUACCUAAGACUGAGUUAGUAUCGUAUCUGCAACACAAUGGGGAUGUGCACUUCCUAAGACGCUGGAAGCUGACGGGGGCAGCGAAGAAUAUACGCAAGACCCGGAACUGCUCUCAGCUCAUUGCUGCUUACAAGGAGUUUGUACACCUUGGUCUAGCCAAGCCAGCUCACAAGCGAAGCAGACAUGGUUCCAAUCACUUCCUGGGUGAUCUAGACUGUGGCGGACCCUCGGUCUACCCGUAUGACCCUUCUGCAUCUACAGUCAGCGAUGUACUACAGCUUGUUAGGAUCCUAUAUGCAAUCGCUAGUGACGUCAGCAGCAUCAGUCUAAGAGGUGGAGACUACCACUACUAUAAUGUGUCACCAGAGGAAUUCUGCAGUAAAAAGAUCACCAACAAGCUGGUACAGCAAGUUCAGGACCCUCUGGUGCUAGCGAGUCUAGCAUUGCCUACUUGGUGUGAGAAACUCACCAGAAGAUGCCCCAUGCUAUUCCCGUUUGAGACUAGACACCUGUUCUUCUCAUGUACAGCGUUUGGCGUAUCAAGAGCCAUUGCCUGGCUUCAAGAAAAGCGCGAUGCUAGCUCUGAGAGAGUCCGUACACCAAGCACUCGCAGGGAUGACCAGCAUGAGUUCAGAGUUGGCAGGUUAAAGCACGAGAGAGUCAAGGUACCACGCAGCGAGCAGCAACUAUUGGAGUGGGCCAUCAACGUCAUGAGACUCCACAGCAGACGCAAGUCCAUUCUGGAGGUUGAGUUCAUGGGUGAGGAAGGCACAGGUCUAGGGCCAACCCUAGAGUUCUAUGCCUUGGUAGCCGCAGAACUCCAACGUAAGAGUCUCGGCAUGUGGCUGUGUGAUGACGAGUUUCCUGAUGAUAUGGCUAGAGAGGUUGACAUCGGUGAAGGCGUUAAACCCAGAGGAUUCUACAUCCAAAGGAUAUGUGGUCUCUUCCCAGCUCCAUUAGUCCAAGACAGCGAAGACAUCGACCGCGUCGUUCAAGUCUUUAAGCCACUGGUUGCCAAUGUUGCUUUACUUUACUUACUUGAGCAGCAGGCCUUUGGCCUUUGGUUAAAUGCCACUGGUUGCCAAUGUCCCUUAACUUUACUUUCCUUACUUGAGCGACAGAUGCUGGUAUGCCAUUGGUUCAGUGUUGUUUCUUGA